CGGUUUAAAGUGUGGCUAGCCAGCUAAAUAAGAUUUAACAUUUUACUUAUUUGUGGUCGCUGCUAAAGAGCCAGCUGUCGGACAGAGCGCGCCCCCUAAAAGCCCCGAAUAAAAUUGUAAAAUGUAUAUAAAUGUAAAAAAACAUGUUUUAUGUCUACAUGCACUCUAAGAACCAAAAACUUGUAUGCGUUUUUAAAACAAAUAAAGAUUGCUUUUAUUUUUGCUUAAGGAUAUUUGACCCCCGCGCACUGACGUCACGAGCGAUUGUCCCCCAUGUAGUUCAUACACAAGCGGCUUUUAAUAGCACUUUUCAGUUGAUGUGGCUCAUUUCAAAGCAGCUUGACACAUUUGAAAGCAAUAAAUAAAGACAUUGCUUAGCCGCGGUUGGGAUGGGGCGCUUUCGGGUCCCACGAAAGCAACUCUGUUAGCUUGCUAGUUAGCUGCAUACUAGUGCCAGCCUAGCACUGUUGUUGUACGAGGCUAGCUAGCUAGCAAGCUACACAUGCUAGCCAAACCGGCAUCGCUGAGCCGCUCAAACAUCUAAUUUAAUGUCUUUUAUGACGGGAACGUUGGACUUACUUUGAAUGUGUUGUUCAACUGUGGCUCUCGGCUACUGUCAAUACGUGUGCCUGCUUUUCAUUUAAGAAACCAAUGCUCAUGUGACCACCGAACAUUAGAUAUGAAUUAGCCAGUAGACGCACCGAUAUAUAUAUAUUUUUUUUUUACAAAACUAGUAUCAAUGGUUGUUUUUGAAAAGCCUCGAAUGAAUGACUGGAGGCAGCUUUCACGCUCACCGGCUUGUGCUGCAGGGACCCCAACGUCUUGCUGUGGGCGAAUGCAGCACAAGUUCACCUCGCUACUCCACUCUUUUUUUUAUUGCUGCUGCAGGAUGCACAAUCCAACAUAUCGGAGCAGCGGCGACCCAGCCUUCCUAGUUACUCAUCUCGCAGAACAUGUGGCGGGGAUCCUAAUUUCAGCAUCCUGGAAGUAGAAAGCACCGAAGAUCUGUGUCUCACACCACAGACAGGUGCAGCGUGUGGCCGGAGCAGCACAGAGGAAGGAAGCUGUGGGGAGGCGGCAGUGCUGCAGCGUGCCUCUCCGGCUGUGGAUGUGCUGGGUGGCAAGCCCCAGGCUGCACAGAAUGUGUCUGGGGAGUCACCUCGGCAUGUCCCGCAGCCGGCCGCUGCUGCUGCCCCCCACCCGGUCCCUUCAGUCCUCGCGCCGUUGCCAGAGAGCGGCCACUCGUUGUUCCUGGUCAUGGAGACCGCUCCUCCUACCGCCUUGCCAGAGACGCUCCCCGUUAGCGGUGACGCCAAUGCCUACAUCUCACAGGAAGUCAACUCGUCCCUUGCUGAGGACUUCAAGACCUCCAACAGUCCUUUUCUCGCCUCGCAUGCACAAAAUGACGAGGCGCCGGCGUUGCGACACGACUUACAAACUGCUGCUAAAGAGACAAACCUCACAAAUAGCGAGACGCAUCAGAUUCAGCCGCAAACAGGCGCCGGACUCGUGGUCGUCACGGCGGCGCACGAGUGCAACUCUGAGAAUGGGACGAGCUUGGCGUUCCAGUCGUAUGCGGGUGGAACUAUCGUCCCGCAGGCGCAAGUUCAGUUCUGCUUCGCGGCCUCGCCCUUCCUAGAUGCUGGGGAGCACGGAGCUACCGAACAAUCAGAGCGAGCCAGCGGGACCCAGGACACCGAUGCGCCCGCUUCGUGGAACUGCAGCGAGCAAGUUCACCUGCCUCAAGUUAUCAGUCAGCUCAGACAGGGUGCUCUCGACACGUCUGAGCGCGUCAAUGAGGCAGAUGACUCGUCAGACAAAGCACCGCCGGUCGCAACAAAAACAACUGCGACCCCGAACACAGAAGAACCCCCAACCGAACCUGGAUCAGGUUCUCCUGCUCCAGCAUUGUUCCACAGGACUACUACCGGAGAAGACGCUGACAUCCAGACAGGCUGCCUGAGCGAGGAACAAAGUGAAGGUUCCUCCAAAGGCUCGGCUCUGUGCCCGGUGCUUGACUCGGACUUCGUCGUGUCCCUGCAGGCAGAGCAGGGGGAAGCGGAACCAUCUGAACCCUGCCACCAGAUCCCCUUAUCAGAGACUCCCAUGAUCGCCGAGCUGGUGCAUUCUGCCGACCCGCAAGAGAUCGUCGUGGUGAGCGAGGCGUCGUGGUCCAACGUGCACCUGAAGCAGAGUUACCUCCUGCAGCACGCCGACGGCAGCGUGUGCGAGGCCGCCAUCGUCACCGGGCACGCACCCGCCGAGGCGAAGCUGUAUGAAGAUGGCGUUCAAGCCGACCUGGACCUCAACUCCCAAAACGUGGAGGUGUACCAGUUCUGCGGCCUGGUUGAGGAGGUCGCCGAGGAAACGGUGUGCGUCAGUACCAGCGUGCAGAUACCGCACUCCCCGGGAUACGAGGUCAACUUGUUCAACGCUUUGUUAGACUCCUCCGAGGGUCUGGAAUCCCACUUAGAACCUUCCAUUCAUACUAUAGAUGACAGCGACACCGUCAUCAUUUCCCAGCAGGCCUUGCCUUCAUCGCAUGAUGCAGACCAGGUGCAGGUUUGCUCCAGCAACAACGUCCACAACCUGUCAGUAGCUGCCGCUGUGGGACAGCACCUGCUGUUGGACACCAGCUCCAACCAGGUUUGCUUGGUGGAAGUGGACUCCUUCCCCAUCCAGCAGACAGACACUCCCACACCAGUCGUGACGCCGUGUUCGCAGGUGAGUGAGGACAGACAGGAAGCGGAGGGACGGGCUGCUCCACCGUCCCCAGUGGACGCCGCUGAAGGCGAGCGGACGGAACCGUGCGUCACGCCUGAGGCCCGCGUUUCCUCUCCUGCAGGAACCCAAGAGCCUCCAUUUGAGGAUCCAUCCCAGCAUGCCCAGCCAGAGGCUUUCAUCACUCACCCUGCAAGGAUUAUUAAUCCCAAACUGCUGCUCCUGCAACCAGGAGCGAGCUCUCUCCUGAAGCACUCCCUCCUGGUUUCCCAGCAGAACGUGGACCCCGACCCAGACGACGCGGCGUCUGACAAGUGCCUUGCUGUUGCGUCUUCACCUGCGGCCGAGAGCAAUCACGCAAAUGGAACGAAGCCUUCGGCCAGCGAGAUCACAGCGGCUUCACAAUGCGCGAGCAGCUCUGCCAGCCAAUCAGAGGCCUUACCUGUCACGAGUACUUCAAGUUCGCCCCAAACGCCUCAGCCCAGGGACUCCUCGCAAAGUAGCGGCGUGGCACCUUCCUCCAGCGCUAACGACACCACCGAGCAGCCAGACUCCCCCUUUGCGGAGGAGGAUGAAGAUGACGAUGAGGAAGAGGACGAGGAGGAGGAGGAGGACGACGACGAUGAAGCACCGGGGGAUGCGGAGGCCAUGGACGAUGCGUCGGGUCAGGUCAGCAGCGCAGACGAAGACAGCGGCGACGACGACGAUGACGUCGACAGACAGGAAGGAGAGAUGACAACUCCCCGCACGUCACACAAACAUGGGCAGAGCAGGACAGACAGACAGGCACUGUUCCGAAAGGUGAGGAAGUGGAUCGCAGACAGGGUAUCGCCCUCCACCUCGUCCUCCUUCCUGGAACCCUCACCCAGCAGCGAUUGGACCACCUCUCGCCAUGAGAAGUCUUCGCCUCUGCGGGGGCCUCACGGCAAGUUUGUGUCCCCCUCAUCAUACAGUUCCUCCUCGUCCCCACCCGAUCAGUCGACUCCUCAGCGGCCCCGCGGAGAGCGACGUGGAGACAUGGUGGAGUUGGCCAAACACGAGGCAGACAUCGAGCACCGGACUCAGGCGCUGAAGCGUGAAGGCUGCUGGUCCACAAAGCGUCUCACCCGCCUGAUGGAACCACCACGGCCCAAAGUGCACUGGGACUACCUGUGCGAGGAGAUGCAGUGGCUGUCUGCUGACUUUGCCCAGGAGAGGCGCUGGAAGAGAGGCGUGGCUAGAAAAGUGGUCCGAAUGGUCAUGCGACACCACGAAGAACUGCGACAAAAAGAGGAAAAAGCCAAGCGAGACGAGCACGCCAAAAUCAGGAGAGUGGCUUCUUCCAUCGCCAAGGAAGUGCGGGCUUUUUGGAGCAGUGUGGAGAAGGUGGUGCAGUACAAGCAGCAGUCUCGGCUGGAGGAAAAGAGAAAGAAGGCUUUGGAUCUUCAGCUGGACUUUAUUGUGGGACAGACUGAGAAGUACUCGGACCUCCUCAGCAAGUCCCUCGCUCCCACCAGCCGCCCCGAAGGGGGCCCGUCGCCUUCCAAAACAUCUGCGCCCUCCGCUAUUGAUGAAGAUGACAGAGACUUUGAGCCUCCGUGCGAGGAGGACGACGACGAAGAGACGAUCGAGGUGGAGGAGCAGCAGGAUGGGAACGACGCCGAGAGCCACCGCAGGGAGAUUGAACUCCUGAAGGAGGAGAGCAUGCUGCCCCUGGACCAGCUGCUCAGUACGCUACAACAGCCUCAGAACUCUGCCUCGGAUGAAGAAUGCUCAGAUGAUUCCUCAUCAGCAAGGCAUGAAGAAGAAGACGGUGAAUUCACCGCCAAUGAAGAGGACGCUGAAGAUGAGGAGGAUACCAUCGCCGCCCAGGAGAAAGUGGAGGGAGAUGUCGAUCAUGCGGAAGAAUUGGAUGACUUGGCCAAGGAGGGAGAUAUGACCAUGGAGGAGCUCCUGGAGAAGUACAAAGGCGCGUACACAUCAGACUUCGAGGAGCCCUCCGCCUCUGGCUCCAAGGAAAGCUCCGAUUCGGAGGCGUCUGGCGACGAGGAGGUGGAGACGGAAGACGACGAGAGCGAUGUGGAAUGCAACACUUCCUCCUCGGACUCUGCAGGAGAGAGUGAAGAGGAGGAGGAGGAGGACGAGGAAGAGGACAGUGAGAAGAAUGAGGAGGAGCAUGAGGAAGAGGAGGAUGACUGCGCCGAUGAAGGGAUGGAGGUCUUGCUGAAGGAGGGAGACCACAGCCCGUCGUCGUCCGGCUCGCGACCAAAGAAGGAGAUCAGCCACAUCGCAGCGACGGCAGAGAGCCUGCAGCCCAAAGGCUACACGUUGGCCACCACCAAGGUCAAGACCCCCAUCCCCUUCCUGCUUCAUGGCACCCUGCGUGAGUACCAGCACAUUGGACUGGACUGGUUGGUCACCAUGUUUGAGAAGAAGCUUAAUGGGAUCCUGGCUGACGAGAUGGGUCUGGGAAAGACCAUCCAGACCAUUGCGCUCCUGGCUCACCUCGCCUGUGAGAAAGGUAACUGGGGCCCUCACCUCAUCAUCGUGCCCACCAGCGUGAUGUUGAACUGGGAGAUGGAGCUGAAGCGCUGGUGUCCCGGCUUCAAAAUCCUCACCUACUUCGGCAGUCAAAAGGAGCGCAAGCUGAAAAGACAGGGUUGGACCAAGCCCAACGCUUUCCACGUUUGUAUCACGUCGUACAAGCUCGUACUGCAGGAUCACCAGGCCUUUCGGCGCAAGUCUUGGCGCUACUUGAUCCUCGAUGAGGCACAAAACAUCAAGAACUUUAAGUCGCAACGCUGGCAGAGUCUGCUCAACUUCAACAGCCACAGACGUCUGCUGCUGACGGGAACUCCUCUGCAGAACAGCCUGAUGGAACUGUGGUCUCUGAUGCACUUCCUGAUGCCCCACGUCUUCCAGUCCCACCGCGAGUUCAAGGAGUGGUUCUCCAACCCGCUGACGGGGAUGAUCGAGGGCAGCCAGGAGUACAACGAGGGCCUGGUGAAGAGGCUGCACAAGGUGCUCAGGCCCUUCCUGCUCAGGAGAAUCAAGGCCGACGUGGAGAAGCAGAUGCCCAAGAAGUACGAGCAUGUGGUGCGCUGUCGCCUCUCCAAGAGGCAGCGCUUUCUCUACGACGACUUCAUGGCGCAGGCCUCGACCAAGGAGACCCUGGCCAGUGGUCACUUCAUGUCCGUCAUUAACAUCCUCAUGCAGCUUCGCAAGGUGUGCAACCACCCCAACUUGUUUGACCCUCGCCCCAUACAGUCGCCCUUCAUCACCAAGCCCAUUGUUUUCCGAACUGCCUCCCUGGUGCUGGACGCCGUGGAGGUGUCUCCUCUGAAGCGCUGUGACCUUUCUAUAUUUGACCUCAUCGGUUUGGAGGGCCGCGUCACCCGGUAUCAGGCAGACGUCUUUGCUCCAAAUCACAAAGUCGGUCGCCAGCUCAUCCAGGAGGUCGUCGAGUCUCCCGCACCCCCGCCGAGACCCAAACAGAUCCGCAUGAAGGUCAACAGGUUCUUCCACCCGCCUCCCAAAGGCGACAACCGUUCAGCCGUGCCAACAAACAAACCCACCUGCUCUGUGCCGCCCGCAGCUCAGACGCACAAACCUCCGACCCCUGAGGCCUCGGCACCUCCUCCUUCGUCUGCACCGCCAACUGUGCCUGCCCCCGCGCCCGCCCCCGCAGUUCAACAAGUUAUAUGUUCGGUGGCAACCACCCCCCCUCCGCGCUCCUCCCUGCCUCCUGGUGCCCAAACGGCUGUGAGAUCCACCACUCCAAAGCCGGUCCUUACCGUACGUCCUCCCCCUGCUCCAGGCACUGCCGGCAUUCCCGCUCACCCGACUCCGAACGCCAGCAGCAUCAUGCCCCAGAGGGUUCUGCUCAGUCCAGACAUGCAAGCAAGACUGCCAUCUGGCGAGGUCGUCAGCAUAGCGCAGCUCGCCUCCCUGGCAGGAAGACCGGUGUCGUCGUGUCAGGGCAGCAAACCGGUCACCUUCCAACUGCAGGGCAACAAGUUGACCCUCUCUGGAGCGCCGAUCCACCAAGUCCAAGCACCGCCCCCUCGCCCCGUGCAGGGCAACGUGAUGCACCUCGUGUCCAGCGGGGGGCAGCAUCACCUCAUCAGCCAGCCCGCCCAGGUGAGCGUCCAGAGCCCCGCCAGCGCCAAGCCCGUGCCUGCGACCACCCCUGCGCACCGCCUGCCCCUCGGUCCUUCCUCUCAAGUGCCCUCCUCUUCCGUGGUGAGCAGCCCCGGCGUGGUGAAGAUCGUUGUGCGUCAGGCACCAGGCAAGGAGGGGGGGCCCGUGCCCACCCUAGCCGUUGCCCCGUCGCCUCGUGUGACAACCCCGUACCCCCACCCAAACACAGCCCCUAUCCGAAUUGCGGCAACGCAGCAAAUCGCCCAGCGCACCCCCGGUCCUGCCACCGCCACCUACACUCUAGCCCCUCCCAGAACCUCCAGCACCACCCCAAACCAGUCCCAGCCCCUGACUCCCAUUCUGAAAAUAGUCCAGCCUCCCCCACUUUGCACAGAGAAGCCAGCGUCCUCCUCGGUUUCAGCGGAGGCGACUUCGUCUUCUGCGUCUAAGCCAGAGGCCCAUGAAGGGACCAGCACCGACACCAGUACAACCAACACUACCACUACCACUACCACAGCAGCAUCCACCUCCAAUACCAGUCCGACUCCGGCUGGUACAAAGGCCAAAGCCAGUGCUGCUACAAAAGUUCCCCCUCUCCCCAGGAAGGCACCUCGACCGCCUCCGCGUUCUCCUUUCUACAUUCCAUCGCUGGCACAUGCCGUCAGGCAGCAGCGCAACGACAAACUGGACUUCAUCUUUAGAGUCAACCAGCACCGCUGUGCUGCAAAGCCCGUGUACGGCAAGGAGGUUCUGGACUUCCUGACGUUUCUCCCCGGGGCCCGCCCCUCGCCGGCCGCCCUGCACCCCGCCGAGGCCGAAUGGGGUCGUUCGGGCCACAGCAGCUGUUUGCUAUCACAGCAAGGACACGAGUGGGACUUCUGGUGUCACAGUCACCGUGUGGCCGGCGCCAUUUAUAGCAUCGAGGAGAGGCUGGAACUGCUUACUGAUAUCGUGGACCGGUUUACAUUUGUGAUCCCGCCAGUGGAGGCCGCCCGCAUCACCAUGCACUGCUGCCACCCUCCUCCCUCUCUGGCCCACAAGGAGGCGCUCUUCUCCUCUGCGCUCUCGGAACAAGUCACUCCGCUCACUCGCAGCCUCCAUCGCAUCCAGUGCAACAUGCGGACCCAGUUCCCGGACCUGAGGCUCAUCCAGUAUGAUUGUGGGAAGCUGCAGACGCUCCACUUGUUGUUGCGGAAUCUGAAGACGGGCGGCCACAGAGUGCUGAUCUUCACCCAGAUGACUCGCAUGCUGGACGUCCUGGAGCAGUUCCUCAACUACCACGGACACAUCUACUUGCGGCUGGACGGCAGCACCCGAGUGGAGCAGCGACAGGCCCUCAUGGAGCGCUUCAACGCCGAUCGCCGGAUCUUCUGUUUCAUUUUGUCCACGCGCAGUGGAGGUGUGGGCGUGAACCUGACUGGCGCGGACACGGUGGUGUUCUACGACAGCGACUGGAACCCAACCAUGGACGCUCAGGCCCAGGAUCGGUGCCACCGCAUCGGCCAGACUCGAGAUGUCCACAUCUACAGGCUGAUCAGUGAGCGCACGGUGGAGGAGAACAUUCUGAAGAAAGCCAACCAGAAGAGAAUGCUGGGAGACAUGGCCAUCGAAGGAGGAAACUUCACCACAGCUUUCUUCAAACAGCAAACCAUCCGUGAGCUGUUUGACGUCAACGAUGGUGAAAAGAGGGAGGUGGCAGUGGAGGCGUCGGCGCCUCACGCUGAGGAUGAGGAAGCCGGCAACAAGCAGAGCACCACCAUUCUGGAGCAGGCGCUCUGCCGUGCUGAGGAUGAGGAAGACAUCGUCGCUGCUUCUCAGGCCAAAGCUGAGCAGGUGGCGGAGCUGGCGGAGUUCAAUGAGAACAUUCCACUGGACGACGGAGGGGAACAGGAAGACGUGGAGGAGCUCUCCAAGGCGGAGCAGGAAAUAGCGGCUCUGGUGGAGCAGCUCACUCCCAUUGAGCGCUAUGCCAUGAACUUCCUGGAAGCCUCCUUAGAAGAUGUUUGCAAAGAAGAGUUGAAACAAGCUGAGGAGCAAGUGGAGGCUGCCAGAAAGGGUCUGGACCAGGCCAAGGAGGAGGGCCUCAGACUACACGCGUCCUCCGAUGAAGACGAGUUUUUGUCGACUCCAGCCUCUGUGGAACCCGCUCAGCCUACUCCUGCGCGGCGUGGCCGCAAGCCCAAGGACAAAACCAAGACCGUCACCUCGACAAGGACCAGCGGUCGUCUGCGUGGGGCCUCUCCUGAAACCGAGCCCGCAAUGCAAAGAGAAGUGCCUGAAAGAGUCCGCUCCGGUCUCAGAGGACGUGGCGCCGCCAAAGACUCGAACGCGCCGUCUCGCACAGACCCUUCAAAGACAUCCAGGCUCCAGGAGUCGUCCAAAUCUUCAAAAGCCUCAUCUCCUGCCAGAGAUCAUCAGGCCGGUAAAAACAAGCCUCAAGCCAGUUCAGUGCCUUCCUCGCCGCAGAGCGUGUCUGAGACCCCCAGAAGAGGCAAAGAGGAGAACUCCAAGGAAAGCAGGUUGUCAUCCCUGGAGACAUCCCUGGAAUCCGUGCGCCAGGUGGACCAUGAAGCAAAAGACGAUGUCGGCAAAGACCAAAGCACCAUGUCUCCGCCCUCCACCAGCUGUCGCUCACCUCGCAAGCGCCAGUCCGCAGACGAUGAAGUCCUGCGGGGCCUGGUGGACGAUUCGCCAUCGGCCAAAGUCCUGCGGAAGCUUCCGGGUCGGCUGGUCACCGUGGUGGAAGAGAAAGAGCCGAGGAAGAGGAGGUGGCGAGGAAGCAGUACUGGGGGUUCUUCAGAAGAGGCCUCGCUGGAGGAGAACACAAGUGGACCUGUAGAGGAACCAAAUAAAGGCAGUCCAUCUUUGGUUCCUGACAGCAGUAGCUCUAAAGACACUUUGACCAAAUCCCCUCAGGACCAAGACUCCACCCAGAGUCCACCUGUGCACCUUCAGCCUGUCAGAGCUUACCCUCCAUAUUCUCCUCCCCAUCUGUCUCCUGACAUGCCCGUGCUGAGGAACCUUCCCGUACGCCGCAGGCUGGAAACGGAAUCUCGCAUGGCGGCGCAGCUGGGAGAGCUCCUGCACGGAGGUCGAGGAAGGGGCGCCCACAGGAAAUCGGACUCGUCUUUGAGCAAAGAAACCACUUCGCCCGAGGCCGCCGUCAAUUCCCAUGCAACACCUUUGAAAAGAAAGAGGGGCCGGCCCCCUAAAUGUCCCCCCAAGUUGCCUGACCUCAACAACACAGCGUCGCCUCCCCCCUCACAACCAGUCUCACCCUGUGAGGAUGGGGACGCCCCCCUUUCCCCGAAACGUAAGCGGGGUCGCCCCCGCAAAGACUCGGUCAGUGCUCCAGACUUUGUUUGUGACGGACACACGAAAAAUGUCACGCCCACUGCCAAUGUGUCCAGUGGAUCCAAACCGGAUGCUAGUGAAGAUCCAAGUCUCCCACUGGACCAGAAGCCAGAGGACACUGAUCAGGACUUCCUGUCUACCAAAGCUGAAGAAACGGACUCCAAGACUGACGCGUCGACUCCAGUCCAAGCAGCCACCGAGCCAGAAGCUCAGCAGGCCUCCGUUGCAUCCCCAGACCCGGUCACCAGGCCCGACCGUGCUGCAGACCCCACACCAAACCAGGUUCCAAGUCCAUCACCACCCGCCAUUCUCGUCACGUCGCCUCCGCCAGCAUCUGAUCUUUCCGGACCCCGUGAUGCACCAUCUGAGCCAGAUCCAUCAGACGCUGCCAAAAGCCCCACUGGUGCCACUCCAGUUGCUACCCCUCCGUCACCGCCACCCCCCGGGCCACCGCCCAUGAUGGUGGACGCAAAACCACCAUCAGAACCUGGAGUCUCUGUCCCAUCGAGCCAAGUGGAGGCAGAACCUGCUGCUGAGGAGGAGUCGCUUCAGUCCUCUGCUCCGCCAGCCGACGCUACAGACCCCCCCGGUCCCACCUCCACCCAGCAUGCAGCCACCUCAUCAAGCCCGGUGGAAGGUUCUUCUGAACUGGCAGAACCAGACUGCACAUCUCCUCCAAAUACUGAGCCUGUGUGUCCAGACCAGUCCAGCACAAGCCAACCAGAUGCCUCAGCUGGAGAUGAACGCCCACCUGUGGAGGUACCUGCAUCUCCACUUUCUAACACGCCCUCUCCAGCAUCUGCUCCACCUUCUCCGGCCUCCUCUCUCCAUCCUUCUCCAUCACUCGCAACCUCCACGACCUGUGCUCCGUGUGAUGAGAACACGUCUACGCCAUCAGACAAGAUGGACGCUACACCAUCCACGGACCCGACCACCACCACGGCCCCCCCAGAAUCAGUGCCACCAUCAGCAAUGGCGACCACAGUUGCUCCUCAAACACCUCCAGCCGUCUCCUCACAAGAACAAACGUUAAAUGCUGCUGCUUCUCCUAGUACUGAACCCCAUCCAGUCUGGUCUAAGAGGGACCUGGACCAGACAGGCUUGGCGGAAGCGGACCAUGCAAAGGCUGAAGACGACACUCAGCAGGACAUCUUGGCGUCGCAUCGCAAAAGAAGGAAGGUGGAGGGUUCUCCUGAGGCCAAAGACAUGGAGAAAGAAGGCGAAGUUGUUGAGGCAGCCAAAAGCGUCUCUCCCAACGAGGAGGAGGAAGAGGAGGGGCAGGAGGAGGAGGUGAAGCGAAUGAGCGAGGAGCACAAGACGCCCACUCAGAAAAGGUCUUACAGUCGUCAGAGCAGCCAGGACUCCACACGCUCGUCUUCACCCUCCUCUGGCUGCUCCACGUCCACCUUGACGCGGCACGCCCACCACAAGAGGACAUAUGAGAACCGACACCCCGGCAAGAGGAGGCGGGUCGACGUCACCUCGGAGGAGGGGCCGGGCGACAAAGCGGAAGAGGAAGGUUCCCCUCAGAGGAGACGUUCCCGGUCUUUCUCAUCGUCCUGCGACUCUGAAGAUGAGGGCGGCAGGAAGGAAGGCCGCCUGACUCGCUCUGCCAAGUGCCAGCUACAGGACCGGGACCAGGACCAGGACCAGGAUCAAGACCAGAGCCGCAAGCGAGACGGAAGGAAGCCUGCACGCGGCUCUGACAGCAAUGCCAACACGUCCACCGGGGGCGACUCUGGCAGCGACUCGUCUUCAGUCAGGGUCACCAGGAGGUCAGCGGGGUCUUCUCAAGACAAGAAGGCACCCCCCAGCAGCGCGGCCCCGUGUCCCCCUGAGCCGGAGGUCCUGGGGAAGAGGUGCUCGGCCCUCAAUGCGGCAGCUAAGCUUCUCGCAAUGAAAGGAAGGGUGGACACCCCCGGUCACACCCCCCGCAAGGACUCCAAAGCAGGUGGGAAGGGCCCCGCUGCGUCCCCCGACCAAAAGAACCCAAAGUCCAAAUGUAAAACUGUCCCGGCCGCCCAGAACAGCUGUGGAAACACCAACAGCAAAAGUAGCAGCAAAUCACCAACUCCAAAUCAAGCCAGUCGGCCUGCACCCCGCUCCACCAGACAGUGCCCGGGUUCUCUGGUGCCCCCCCUGGAGGAGUACAAGAGGCCCAAGCCUGAGGAGAAGGAGGCUGGGAGUCGAAAGGCGGUCAAGGGGAAGGAAGGCGGGGAGGCGUCUCGAGGGCGAAGCGCCUGCAGCAGCAUGAGCAGCGACGGCGAGGCGGACGGCGGGCGCCCCCCAAGCAGCCGCAGCAGCAGCGCCAGCAGCCGGCGGGCGCACAGUGCCAGCUCUCGGAACACGGAGCGCAAGGGGGCGCGCUCCCGGGCCGCGUCCUCGGGCAGCGACCGCAGCGCCGAGCGGGGGAGGAAGGACAAGCAGGCUCGUCGGAGGGGGAGCCAGGGCGAGCGCCGACCCCUGAAGCUCUCCCAAGACGCCACGGCCGGCAUGGGGGUGGAGGGCACGCCGGACAGGAUGCUGAGGAGCGUGGCGGCGCUGGCGGCGGUGCAGGCGAGGUCGCCGGCGGCGAGCACGCGCUCCUCGGCCAACCAGCAACGCCACAACAAGACAUGAGCGCCGAGCGCUCCGCAACGUCAACGAGCACGUCUUGUCUGCGCUCUACAUCUCCUCCAGGACGCCGGUGUUGCACAAGCCAGGGACCUCCCAGUGCCAUGGGCCCUCUUCCCCCUUUCCACAUGAAGCCGGCGGGGGCGGCCCAGGGGUGCCGGACUGACUAGAAGGGCGCCGUGGCCGUAGCUUGGCCGCGUGAGGGCAGGCUGGUCACUCGGGGACGGAGUGAGCGGCUUGAAAGGUUUUGAUGAAGAGCGACCUCCGCCGGAGCUGCUUUGCUUCUAUCUUCAGUGAAUCCACGUGAGAGCCACACUUGUCCUUCUCAUUUGCACAUUUCCUUCUCCACUUUCCCGGCGUCACCUUCAGCCGCUCCAUUGGUCGGGUGGUCUCUACAGGUCAAAGGUGUUGAUGAUGUCACCUCAUCACUGUCGUGGCUCUGAGGCGGUUCGGUUACUGUUGUGUAUUUAUAGCGUGCGAGUGCCUCUCGGGCCUUCUAAAGGGUUCUGACCCGAGCUUGCCUUGUGAAGCACCUGAUGCUGGAGUGUUGAGCUUCACUCUCGUCAAGAAGAGCCAAAAAAAAAAAAAAAAUAGAAGAAAAACUCCUGGAAUGAUCAAGGAACUGACUCUACAUUUGUGCUACCAAAUAGUUUUAUCUGUUGCCGUCACGUCUUUGUUGUGUAACAUAAGAACUUGGACAGGCGGUGUGGAACGAGCGGUUCGGGUGACCGUCAACAAAUUUACUUUAGGGCAGGUUCUGGUGAUGGUCUUUUUUGUUUUUGUUUUUUUUUUGGUUUGUCUCUUUAUUUGUUGCAUUCCUUCAAUCCCUUGUAAUUCCACAAUGUUUUACUUGAACAAUUAAGACAAUUACUAUUGAAUAAAAAGACCAAAAGUGAUCUGA